UUUUUUUUUUUUUUUGCCUUCUUUCUUUUGUCUUAUAAUAUUAAAAAUUGUAUGAUUCAUGGAUAUCACAACACGACUCCAACAUUGUAUCUCCUUGACACAACAAAAGGAAAAAAUAGAUUCUUUUAGAUCAGUCCUUGAUGAUAUCUUAUCGACAAACAACAAUAAUGGUUCUUCUUCAGACAAGCAGGUUUUGGUAGAUCAUCUCAAAGACUAUGUGAAUGCAGUUUUAGACGAACAAGUGGGCUUGGUGAAUGCACGACAACUCUUGAUAGAGUUCAGUGAACUAUUCAAUACUAGGAUACAAGACCAUCAGGUGGAAAAACAACUACUGUCUUAUACAAUUGAAAAGGCUCAACCACGCGUCGUCAGUUUUGAAGAGCCUCUGUCUCAAUUACGGGAAAAACUAGCCACCAUCUAUGAACAAGAAGAAGACUUUUUGGAAGCGGCCAAGAUCUUGCAAGGCAUUGCUCUUGAUUCUGGUCAUAGAUCCAUUUCUGAUGAUUAUAAACUUCAAAUAUAUAUUCGUAUUGUUCGAUUAUUACUGGAAGAAGACGAAGCUGUAGCGGCAGAGGCUUACUUGAAUCGUGCUGGGCUAUUGAUUCUCAACUCGGAUGACUUUGUCCUGAACUUGACUUUCAAAUUAUCACAAGCUAGAAUCCUCGAUGCUAAACGAAAAUUCCUGGAAGCAUGCUCAAAAUACCAUGAACUUAGUUAUGUUGGCCCAUUAGAUGAAGAUGAACGAAUACAAUGCCUGACAGCGGCGGUGCAAUGUGCAGUCUUAGCAGGAGCAGGACCUCAACGAUCACGGAUAUUAGCAACGCUUUACAAAGAUGAACGAACACAUCAUCUACCAUCAUUCCCCGUAUUGGAAAAGACAUACUUAGAUCGAGUGAUUCGCGCGAAUGAAGUAUCUGAAUUUGCAACAACAUUGAAACCACAUCAUCUGGCCAUGCUUGCAGACAACACCACAACCGUAUUUGAUCGAGCGAUGAUGGAACACAACCUACUAUCAGCAUCCAAGAUCUACAACAAUAUCACAUUCAAAGAACUAGGUGCAUUACUGAAUGUCUCAUCGGAACAAGCAGAACAUGUAGCAGCACAUAUGAUUGGUGAGAAUAGAUUGGGUGGCAAUAUGGAUCAAAUCGACCAACGUAUCACCUUUGUCUCUCUUACCGAUCACCAUCAACAACCUACCACAGCAGCAACCACAUCCACUCAACAUCAGCAACAACAACAACAAAAACAUAUCGAGCAAUCCAUGCAAGCUAUCAUCAAUUGGGAUCAUGCCAUCCAAUCCAUGUGCCAUGAUCUGGACACCAUCAUCGGCUCCAUUCAACAACGAUACCCUGACUACGUUGCUCAUCAUUAUCGAUCCUAGGCAAUCAUUCUCUUUUUUGUACACUUACUUAUACCUACACUAUCCUAUUCUUUUAUAUAUAUAUAUAUUUAGUGCAGUAUAUUAUAGUUGUCGUUGUCUUAUUAUUUGAUGAUCAAUAAAGAAAAAAUAAAG